GUAAUCAUUUUUUAUCUCAUCCCCCCAAAAGCUGCAACCCUCUCUCUCUCUCUUCCUGUCAAUGGCGAAUUCGAACUCCGCAUAGCUUUCUUAACGUUCAUCUAUAUAUACAUAUAUUCAUAUACGUACACUUGAACGACCCGGUUGAUCUGAAGGUGUACUGGGAUUAUAUGAUCGUAUUGGUUAGAUUGCGAGAAAGUAUAGUGCAUAUUUAGAAAAUUGACAUUGUAUAGAGUUGUGAGUGGUUAUUGAUUUAUAUCAGGCAUUGAAGGGACACUUCGUGAUCUGAAUUGCUUAUUUUGGAAUUGGAUUUGGAUGGUUAUUUGAUGGUCUUGGAGUUUCUGAUGCCUUAGUCGCGUAAUUCUGAUGGGACAGAUAGUUUGUGUAUUUUGUGGUUGCAAAGGAAGAGGGUGGUUGUUUCAAUGCCUCUAAAAAGUGUUAGGGUUCUCAUGAAUACAUAUAAGAGUUCAUCGGUUAUGAUAGGCUAUGUUUUUCUUAUUUCUUGGAGAUUUAGGUUAAAUCAAUAGGCCCUAUUGUGGGUUUUCCCAGGUCAUUUGUUAAAGGACGCUGCACAAUUUGGACAUGAGAAGCUCCUGGUCCAAUAAACUGUCUUUAAUUUUCGGCCCUAGGCCACCUCUCAAUUGGUUACUCAUAUGUCUUGUUAGUAUUUUAGUUCUAAUUGCAUUAUUGGGAUCGUCUUCGUCAAGUGCCUUUGACUCUUUGACUUCCACUACAAGACCUGAUGUUUAUACGAACUAUAGAAGGCUGAAAGAGCAAGCGAGAAGUGAUUAUUUGGAAUUGAGGAGUCUGACAGUUGAAGCUAGUCUUCAAAAGGAUUUUACUCUCUGUGGCAAAGAAAGAGAGAAUUAUGUACCUUGUUAUAAUGUGUCUGGUAAUUUGUUAGCUGGUUUUAAUGAUGGGAAGGAGGUUGAUCGGCAUUGUGAAGAAUCACGGGAGCAACAACAUUGUUUGGUUCGUCCUCCUAAGGACUAUAAGAUUCCCCUGAGUUGGCCAGCUGGUAGGGAUGUGAUUUGGAGUGGAAAUGUGAAGAUAUCAAAAGACCAAUUUCUAUCUUCAGGAAGCAUGACGAAAAGGUUAAUGUUACUAGAAGAGAAUCAAAUUGCCUUCCACUCGGAUGAUGGAAUGAUUUUUGAUGAUGUCAAAGAUUACUCUCGCCAAAUAGCAGAAAUGAUAGGGUUGGGAAGUGACUCCGAAUUUCGUCAAGUUGGUGUGCACAGCGUACUAGAUAUUGGCUGUGGCUUUGGUAGCUUUGGGGCUCAUUUGAUCUCGCUUAAGUUAAUGGCUGUUUGUAUUGCAGCAUAUGAGUUAACCGGUAGCCAAGUUCAGCUAGCCCUUGAGAGAGGUCUUCCUGCAAUUAUUGGAAACUUCCUUUCAAGACAGCUUCCAUUCCCAUCAUUAUCUUAUGACAUGGUUCACUGUGCUAAGUGUGGUAUCAUCUGGGACAACAAAGAUGGGAUGUUCCUUCUUGAAGUUGACCGGCUACUCAAGCCUGGAGGUUACUUUGUUUUAACCUCACCAACAAGCAGGCCACAUGGAAGUUUACUAAGUGCAAAGAAGGGAAACAUGUUGACACCAUUUGAAGAAUUCACCCGUAAUCUCUGCUGGAGUCUUUUGGCUCAGCAAGAAGAGACCUUCAUCUGGCAGAAAACUCUGGAUGCUCAAUGCUAUACAUCAAGCAAGAUGGGUGCCCUACCUCUUUGUAAAGAUGGACAGGAUGUGCAAUCAUAUUAUCAGCCACUAACAUCUUGUAUAAGUGGAACUUCCAGCAAACGUUGGAUUCCCAUUCAGAACAGGUCUUCUGGUUCCCUGAGCUCAGCUGAGCUUGAAGUUCAUGGAAAGUAUUUGUCUAGUGCAAUCUUUUGCUUUAUUGAUGGGGUUAAUAACGAAGAUUUCUCUGAAGACUUGCAGUUUUGGAGAUCAGCUCUGAGAAACUAUUGGUCUUUGCUUACACCCUUGAUUUUCUCUGACCAUCCAAAGAGGCCAGGUGAUGAAGAUCCUUUACCACCGCAUAACAUGAUACGGAAUGUGAUGGACAUGAAUGCUCAUUAUGGGGGUUUCAAUGCCGCAUUGCUGGAAGCAGAAAAGUCAGUGUGGGUGAUGAAUGUUGUGCCCACUGGGGUGUAUAAUACGCUUCCGUUCAUUCUUGAUCAAGGUUUUGCGGGUGUUCUGCAUGACUGGUGUGAACCCUUCCCUACAUACCCCCGAACAUAUGACAUGAUUCAUGCAAAUGGACUCCUCACACACCUUACUUCAGAGGGAUGCAGUGUCAUGGACUUGCUUUUUGAGAUAGAUCGUAUCCUACGCCCUGAGGGAUGGGUUAUUCUGUCAGAUAAACUGGGGCCCGUAGAAAAGGCCCGUAUGCUUGCUACACAGAUUCGUUGGGAAGCAAGGGUGAUUGAUCUUCAGAAUGGAAGCGACAAGAGGCUGCUUGUUUGCCAGAAGCCAUUCGUGAGAAAAUGA